UCUUCAUUCCACUUAUCUCCAUAAACUAAUUAACUUUACUAAUUUCUCUCAAAUUUGCUCACUAAUUAAGAAACAACUUUCAAUGACUCUACAAUCACCUUCUCUAAUGGCCCCUACAUCACCUGUGAUUGUUCACCAAUCACCAUGGCACUCACCGGUGCCAUACCUCUUCGGUGGCCUUGCUGCCGUGCUAAGUCUCAUUGCUUUUGCACUUGUAGUCCUGGCUUGCUCCUACUCCAAACAUUCCCGUGACCACGAUAAUGAUGCCGAAGGUGAACAAGACCUUGAAGCUGGAGGGUUUAAACCCAACUAUAUUGAAAAAGAUUUAUCUCGUGUAUUUGAAGAGAAUUAUUUAGUAAUCAUGGCAGGACAAGCAAAUCCAACGUUUUUAGCAACACCCGUUUCAAGUAGACCAAUAUCGUUUUGCAGUUGUAGUUGUCGGGGUAACUCGUUGGAGGAAUCGGUAGCCUCGGAAUUUGAGAAAAUGAAGAAAGAAAAACAAGGAAGUGAUGAUCAGCUACAAGCUUGAGUUUUGGUAAAUCAAUUUGGUGACGAAUUUAGUAGAUGGACGAUAAUAUGACAUUGUCUACUUUGUACACAAAUUUUUGAAGGAUAUUAAAAAAGUAUAUAUUA